GGUAAAUGAAGAGAGAAUUUUUAUUAUUGGGACAACUGUUCUUUAAUUGUGCUUUCACACCAGUAUUUUUGGUGUUUGACAUCAUAAACAUUUCAACCCUUUUCUGUGACAAUUUGUGUCUGUAGUGACAAUAUUCGGUUACAUGUUUGUAGUUUUGUCCAUAUUUAUAGUCUCAUUUGUUUCCAUUUCAUCAAACUUGAAUUAUUAUGUUUAUCCUUUUUUGAGAAGAUAAGAAAUUUGGGUUUACAGAUUAUUCUGAAAAUAUUUUGAUAGGAAUAUUAUAUUUACAUCCAUUAUUAUGCAUGAAACUGUUAUUCUGUAUAAUUAUGAUUAUUAUUUUGGUAAAAAAAAUCACCUUGUGUUGCAGCCUGAUUAACAGUUUGUCAGUUUAAAUGGUGGGUGUAGAAUGUGAUGUAGCCCAAGUUUACAUGAGGAUGUAUGUCUUACCUGUAUUUUUUUCAUUUUUCUUUUAAAGCAGUUUCAGCACUGGACUCGUUUCCUUCCUUUUUGGUCUCUCCUUCACUUGCUGUUUGGAAAUCAUUGCUUGCAUCUGAUUCAGCAAUUGUGAUUCUGCAUGUCUGUUUUGUUGCUUACAUUUUGAAACCUUAGCAAUAAUAAGUUUUCCAUGUGUGCAUUCAAGUUUGUUUUUCCUUGAUUUAAUGUGCUUGUGUGGGUAUUUGCUAAGUGACAAUUAUUUAUUUCACAGUACUUCAUAUAUGGGAGUAUGCAAAGACUCUGCUACUUAUAAAAAAUUGUCAAAUUAAUAAUAAUAAUAAAAAUUAAUCAGUUAAUAUAUAACUGCACAAUGGUGGAUUCUUUCAUUAUUGCAUGAAUAUGUGCACUGUGAUUUAGAUUAUGAAGCACACAUUAAAUUUACCGUAUUUAAAUGUCAUAGUAAUGAUGGGGGAAAAUGAUUUAAUGAAAAAAAUGACAAGGUGUCAGAUCUUUUUAUUCAUUUUAAAUACAACAGAAUUAUUAUAGUACAAAUAUAAAUAGGUGUAGUUGGAUCUUUGUAAUAUAAUCAGUAAUGGAUAAAUAUAAAGGCCAUGUUUUACAGAAUAUUGAGUAGUUUCUAAACCAAUAUUACGAAAAAUAUUUGUUCCAUAGUAGCUAUUAAUUCUUUUUAUUAGUAAAACCAUAACAACCACAAAUACUUUUUUUUCUGAUUACUGGGAAAAUCCCUGCCGCAAACUCAAAACAGAAGGAAAGCGCCUCAUAAAAUGGCGCGUUAACCAAAAUCCAUCUUCUUCAAGUCCAAAGCAAAUGACGUUUCUAUAUGGUUAACGCUGAUUGGCAAACGCAGUUCCAAGCAAGACGCUCCUUUCACCAAUGAGAAACCUUUAAUUCCCCUUUCACCAAUGAGAAACAUUUAGACACGCCCCUACCUUUAGAUACGCCCAUUUUCUCCGCGCGGCAGCUAACCCUGUCUCUGAAUCUCUGUAUUUUCCUUCCAGUGUCCUGAUUCUUUACACCUCUUAUAAUGAAAUCCAGACGGCGCUCUUUAAGAAAAUCUGCACAGACUCCUGCUGCUACUGGCUCAGAGAUGUACCACUGCUCAGAUUGUGGGGAAAGUUUUACUGAAAGUCAUCAUUUCAAAGAUCACAAGUGGAUCCACACAGGGGAGAAGGCAUUUUACUGUGGACAGUGUGGGAAGAGUUUUACCCACCUAUAUGAUCUCCAGCGACACGAGCGCAUUCACACCGGACAGAAGCCGUAUCACUGUGGACAGUGUGGGAAGAGUUUUACUUUUCAGAGUAAUCUCCAACAGCAUGAGCUCAUUCACACAGGAGAGAAGCCGUAUUACUGCUCCCAGUGUGGGAAGAGUUUUGCUCGUAAGAGUAAUCUCCAACGACAUGAGCGCAUUCACACAGAGGAAAAGCCAUAUUACUGCUCCCAGUGUGGGAAGAGUUUUACUUGUAACAAUAAUCUCCAGCAACACAAAUACAUUCACACAGGAGAGAAGCCGUAUUACUGCUCCCAAUGUGGGAAGAGUUUUACUUUUCAGAGUAAUCUCCAACGACAUGAGCGCAUUCACACAGGAGAGAAGCCGUAUCACUGCACGCAGUGUGGGAAAAGUUUUAGCCAACUAUAUACUCUCCAACAACACAAGUACAUUCACACAGGAGAGAAGCUGUAUCACUGUGGACAGUGUGGGAAGAGCUUUACUUGCCAAUUUUAUCUUCAACGACAUGAGCGCAUUCACACAGGAGAGAAGCUGUAUCACUGUGGACAGUGUGGGAAGAGCUUUACUUGCCAGCGUUAUCUCCAACAGCAUGAGCGCAUUCACACAGGAGAGAAGCUGUAUUACUGUUCGCAGUGUGGGAAGAGUUUUCGUGACCAGAGCAGGCUCCACAGCCACCAGCAGAGUCAUACAGGACAGAAGCCGUACCUCUGUGGACAUUGUGGUCGGAGCUAUACUCAUUCAAGUUCAUUAAGGAGACAUAAGUGCUCUAAUAUAAAGCCAUCAGAUUUAGCCAUAAAAAAGCCUUGGCUGGCAGGGUGUGCCCUCCAUACACCUAAUCCACUCAAAACACCCACCCUGACAGCCUUGUUAGACUCAGGUAGCACGGUGACCCUGGCCAGACCGACGGUCCUGCCAAGAAAGACCAUCAGGAAAGGAACCAUCAUGGUGACAUGUGUACAUGGAGAUGCAUGGGAAGUCCCGGUGGCCGAGGCCUACAUGGCCCAUAAUGAGGGGGACUCCGUGGCAGAAGUAAGCCAACAGGUGAAACGACAGGUGAACUUUGGGCGGGAGCAGAAAGAAGAUGACUGUCUGAAGCAUUGCUGGGCACAGGUGCGACAGAUCGAAGGGGUCGACCAGAAUCAGGACCAAGGACUCCCCACAGCCUAUUUUCCGGUUAGGAGUGGUCUGCUCUAUUACAGGAUCAACCGCAGGGGGGAAACCGACAACCUCCUGUGCCUGCGGGCCGAGGAUGAGGGACCACUCUUCGAUGCCCCAGUUUUCAUUCAGGGUGAUUCGUUCGAAGGCCUCCAAAUAGGUCUCAAUGUCGUACUCCUGGGUCACGUGGGGUUGAAGGCGCUGGGUUUCUCAGCUGGGCCCGUAUCCUCCACCAGUGUAGCGAGCUUAGCCUGCGGUGGUUUGAGCAAAGACACAGGAAGCCAUUUAGGUGUAGACUGGGAGGGUUUUUAUUUCAGUGGAGGGUGUGUGAAGGCUGUAAAGAGCGUGAUGCAGUCUCCCAGGGAGGUUGAGGCCCAUCUUGGAGGUCAGAGUUGUGUUUUCCAGAUGUACCACUGCUCAGAUUGUGGGGAGAGUUUUACUGAAAGUCAUCAUUUCAAAGAUCACAAGUGGAUCCACACAGUGGAGAAGCCAUUUUACUGUGGACAGUGUGGGAAGAGUUUUACCCACCUAUGUGAUCUCCAGCGACACGAGCGCAUUCACACCGGACAGAAGCCGUAUCACUGUGGACAGUGUGGGAAGAGUUUUACUUUUCAGAGUAAUCUCCAACAGCAUGAGCUCCUUCACACAGGAGAGAAGCCGUAUUACUGCUCCCAGUGUGGGAAGAGUUUUGCUCGUAAGAGUAAUCUCCAACGACAUGAGCGCAGUCACACAGAGGAAAAGCCGUAUUACUGCUCCCAGUGUGGGAAGAGUUUUACUCGUAACAAUAAUCUCCAGCAACACAAAUACAUUCACACAGGAGAGAAGCUGUAUUACUGCUCCCAAUGUGGGAAGAGUUUUACUCGUAAGUGUCAUCUCCAACGACAUGAGCGCAUUCACACAGGAGAGAAGCCUUAUCACUGCACACAGUGUGGGAAGAGUUUUACCCAACUAUGUACUCUCCAACAACACAAGUACAUUCACACAGGAGAGAAGCUGUAUCACUGUGGACAGUGUGGGAAGAGCUUUACUUGCCAGCUUUAUCUCCAACGACAUGAGCGCAUUCACACAGGAGAGAAGCUGUAUCACUGUGGACAGUGUGGGAAGAGCUUUACUUGCCAGCGUUAUCUCCAACAGCAUGAGCGCAUUCACACAGGAGAGAAGCUGUAUUACUGUUCGCAGUGUGGGAAGCGUUUUCGUGACCAGAGCACCCUCCACAGCCACCAGCAGAGUCAUAUAGGACAGAAGCCAUACCUCUGUGGACAAUGUGGGCGGAGCUAUACUCAUUCAAGUUCAUUAAGGAGACAUAAGUGCUCUAAUAUAAAGCCAUCAGAUUUAGCCAUGUGAAUUUAUCAAAUGAAGAUACAUAUUUUAAAUUUUAAUUUUUUAAAGUGAGGUCAAGAGACAUUCAGGCAUUAAACUGUAACAUUAUAUUAUUUGUAAUAGACUGUAGUAUUCUGUGGUAUGGGCUUUCAUUGUUUACUCUUUGGGUUUUAGCAAAAUUCAUGAUUUUAUUU